AUGGCCAAGGACCCUUUCUUUACGAUUGAAGACUUCAAGAUGGCCUUCUCCAUCUUCUGCGUUGUCUGCGGUAUCGGCACCCUCUCGAUGCCGGGCAACUACGCCCGUGCUGGCUACGCCUGGGCAACCAUCGCGCUCGUCUUCAUGGCGGCCAUCAAUAUUUACGCCUCGGUCUGCAUCUCCAAGGUCAUGCUGGCGGCCCCCAAGAACUGCAAGACGCUCGGUGACAUUGGUGGCUGGGUCUUUGGCACCCCUGGUCGUGUGGCGAUCAACAUUUCGCACAUGCUCGUGUGCACGAUGGCGCCCAUCAUGUACCUCGUCCUCGGCGGCACGAUCCUCACGGUCUUGUUUCCGGACUCGUACUCGGACUCGGUCUGGAUCAUUCUCAUGGGUCUCUCGCUCCUCCCCGUCUGCCUCGUCCCGACGCUCAAGGAAAGUGCGGGCACGGCCACCGCCGGUGCGCUCGGUGUCGUCUUCUCGGACGCGAUUGCCAUUUACUUUUUGCUGAGCAGCAUCGAGAUCCCGGAAGGUGUCUCGCCGCCGUCGCCCGACAUCUCGCUCAGCGGUGUCGCGACCGUCUUUGGUAGUUUGGCGCUGUCGUACGGUGCUGGCAUCAUCAUCCCGUCGCUCCAGCGCGAGCACUCGCAGCCCGAACGCAUGCCGCGCGUCAUCACGGUCACCUUGGUGCUGGUCUCGUUUUGCUUUCUCGUCGUCUCGGUCCUCGGUGUCUUCAAGGUCGGCUGCCAGAUCCCCGGCAACCUCCUCUUUGCCAUCACCGGCUCCAAGCUCGGCUUCACGGCGUCGCGCGGCGGUGUCAUCCUCGCGUUCCUCUUCAUGCAUCUUCACAUUGUGAUUGCCUUUGCACUCGUGCUCUUCCCGGCCAUGUUCAUGGCCGAGCGCGUCGUCCUUGGCCUCCACAAACAAGAAGGAUGCGCGAAAGACGUCGACGCGAUCGACCUCGAGACGCCCAAGGACCUCAGCGCCGACCUCCUCCAGCAUGAUGACCCGUCGGCGGCGUACAAGGCGCCGGGUGCCUACGCCAAGGCAGCGGUUCUCCGCACCAUCAUGGUUGCGAUCUGCGUUGUGAUUGCGAUCGUGUUCAAGGACAAGUUUGGGGACCUCUUGGAUUUCAUCGGUGCAUCGGCGACGUCGACGUGCUGCAUGAUUUUGCCGAUCGCGUUUUACCUCAAGACGUUUUGGGUCAAACUCUCCAAGGCCGAGAAGUGUUUUGCCGUCCUGUCGAUGAUUGUGACGACGGCGCUUGCGAUCUAUGUGUCGAUCAAGACGGGUAUUGCGCUCUUCUCACCGACCGAGUCGGCGACGGUGUUUCCGUUCUGCCCCGCCGAGUACCAGCAGGUUGUCUACACGAACCGGACCCACUACAAGUUUUAG